AUGGCUGACGACCAAGCUGCCAUCGAGGCGGCUAAGGCGGGGGACGCGAAGUGGCUUUGUGGACUGGUAGAUGUUAACGACAACAGCGUGGGAGACGCCAUCGUGGAGGCUUCUACCCGUGGCCACGUUGAUUGCGUGGAAGUGUUGGUAGCAGAGUACGCGACCAGGGACCUUACAGAAAACUACAGUAGCUGGGCGGACUUACUGGAAGCAUUCGAGACAGCCGCCGCCAAUGGCCACCUGGAGGUAUUAAGGCUGCUGUUGACCGAGAUCCGCUCUCAGCCGGAUGCACAGAGGAAGGUUGAGCUUCGUUUCACCACGAAUCAGGCGCUGCUUGCAGCAGCAGAUCGUGGUCAUCUGGACGUAGUCAAGUUCGUGGUACAUUAUGCAAAAGAGGAGAGCAAUAAAAACGUGCUGAGGGGCUCACAUGCACUGGCACGCGCCAUUUCCGGCGGCCAGGCUGCUGUGGUGGAGUAUCUGCUGGGUGUGGACGAGUUCACGUGGGAGCUCCAAGCAGCAUUCGUGGCGGCGGUGGGGGCACGAGAUCGUUUCCUGGCUGACAGGAUAUACCAGCUUUACGUACAGUCGUCCACGAAGGAGAGGCUGUUUGUUUCUCUGGCGGCCGUCGGACAGCUCUAUGCCUUGAAGUAUCUGUACGAGGCCGGACACAACGGCCCUGAAUUGGUCGGAGCGGCGUUUGUGCAAGCUUCAGAAACUCUGACGAAUUCGAUGGAAACAGAUAUGUUGGAGUUUCUGCUGGAUACAGGUCGCGUUUCACCCGAUGCAUUUGAUAAAGGCCUUGAAGUGGCGGUUGAAUCCACGUGGGAUGACGUGAAAGCAACAGCGUACCUUGGGGAAGAAGCGAGCGUCUGCAAAGGCGAUUAA